UGACAGCAAGCGAGUCAUUGCUCCCGUUGCCGGCCUAGCGCACUCGCGUCAGCACGUGUGUGUAUCCGCUCGUUCAUCCGGUGCACAACUCUCCAAACAAUCCGUUCGGUAAUGUUGCCGACGCUUAGCUCGUCGUAAUGCGCGGCCACCGGCAGCCAUGUGUUUCAGAAAAGAUAGCCCAUCACGGAAGCAAACGCAAACGUCGCAUCACACGAUGUUCAUCUCGGCUUGAGCCCUGGAAUCCACUCCACUUACGCCCCUGGCAACAUACAGGCCCUCCCUGCAGCUGCGCCCCGGCCAAUCCUGGCUGUCUGUCUAAGACAGCCUUUCGCUGUGCGUGUAAUCAUAGCAUUCUUUCUUCACAACACGCCGGCCCUUCUCCAAACAACAAUCCCUUUGUCUUACUUCGCACCGACAUUGCUUGAGAAAGCCAAGCACAUAAUCACAAUGAUGGUUCACGCAUCUCUGCCAGACCCCUCUCCUCAUAUGCUGCGCAUGCAGUUCAGUCCACAGCGAAAACGUCCCAUCCACGGCCGCACCGAAUCUGAAAUCAUCCCACGGCCCCUCAGCAUCAUGCCCAUGUCGCCCAGCAAGCGAUCUUCAGUCUACGUCUCUGAAGCUUCCACGCUCCUCUCACACCGUAACUCUGUUGUCUCGCCCGUUGGACGAUCACCUUACGACUCUUUGUUUUCGCCCACCAGCGACCCUUCGAGACUGCUGUCGCCGGAGCCCACGGAAUUUGUCGAUCAUUAUGCCAUUCUCGAAGUAGGCCCCGCGGCCUCCAUCGAUGAGAUCAAAGCCGCAUUCCGCCGUCUACGAGUCGCGUACUUCCAGAGCGACGCGAAGAAGUACCGCGCAUUGACAACUGCCAUGGAAAUUAUGGCAGACGAGGAGGCGCGCGCGGAAUACGACGAGGUCUACAGAGCCCAAAUUGGCGGCACAUCGUCACCCAUCACACCAUACUCAAGCCUCCCAGCUGGACUGGAAUCACCAAAACACGGGCGGAAGGAUAGCGGGCACAGUGCUGGCAGCUUAGAGGACGACCUAAACAUGAUCAUGGUUCCAGAAGAGGUCCCAGAGGAAGAGGAAGAGGAAUACGAAGAACCACAACAAUCUAACGACGACAUACGAGAUGAUGACCCCAACUGGGCGCUCAAGCGCCACCACCGCGUAUUUGCGAAUUACACACCCUACUACGGCACCGAGCCUUACGAUUCCUUUGUUCCUGUCCCAACCGCGUACGAGACAUACUCGAGGCACCCGCGACUGCGGUGUAGAAGACCCAGCUAUCUUGGAGAUGGGCUGGCAAGGCAUGCCAUGCCUUACUGAAUUUGAUUUCGUUGUUGGUGUUGUGCAGGUAGAGUUGAUUGGCGUCAGGGGUUACCCAUGUCUGUUGCAUAGUUACUAGUUCACUUGACAACACCAAAACUUUCAGGCACCAGUGUGGUAGCAAUUAACGAAUGGUUGGGAUUGAUCUGCGAACUGCAGCGUGCAGAGUCUUGUGCAGCACGCGGCCAAAGAGCGGUGAGAUGACUGGAUUG